UCAGUUAGUGUAUGUUUUUAGUUCAGCUAGUUUUUUAGUAUUUCAGGUAGUGUAUGUUACUCUGUCAGGUAGACUUAUUGCUUUUGCAUCUUAUGUUUAUCUUCCAGAUUUUUGUUCCUGUUCACAAGGAUGAUCAUUAUACUGUCUUGGUGCUGAACAAGAAAGCAAAAAGGAUUGAAAAUAUCGACAAUCGUACAGACAUGAAGGACAUUGAUAGAUAUAAGCAUGAGGAAUUUAAUGGUCUUACAUACUUUGGACGUACCUUUUUAUGAGCAUUUGUAUUUUUUUUUUUUGUUCCAUUUUAUUACUUGUUUUUAAAUUGUUGUUUACUUUUUGAUCUUCAAAUGCAGUGUCGUGCUUUUGAUUCUUUUAUGCAAGAGACUAUGAGAUGUCGUGAUUUUGAUCGUCUCCACCAUUGGCAAACAACAACUCUUUACUUCCCUUGGAGAAACAAGGACAACAAUUUUGAUUGUGGUGUCUAUGCAAUCAAAACCAUGGAGCUGUAUGACGGUCAAAAUACUAACCAUGGUGCACUUGUUGACCUGAAAAGGGCAGCCACCAAAAACCUUGAGCGGUGUAGGCUUGCUCUUCGUCUUGUGGACCAUCCUUUAAACAAACUGAGAGAGAAAGUGAAGCAUGACUGUUAUGUUUGGUCUGCAAAGAAACCUGAAUGAUGGCAAGACAGAAGAUAAGGAAGGAUAAAGAGGCUGUUCUAGAUAAAUUAGCAUUUAAUCGAUCAAAGAAGACGAAUAGAAAAGAAGCACACAUUUUACGGCGAAGGAGGGACAUGAGGCGAAAGUAGAAGAUGUGUUGAAUAAUAAUUUUGGAGACAAAGUGAAAAUAGAGCAACUGUUGAAAUUUCAUUAUUCUUAGGUGCCAAAC